AUGGCUGAACCACAGAUUCACGUACGCGCCCGGAACCGUGAUUCAGAGCAAGCGACUGGCAUAGAAACCAUCUCUACGAAUCCGCUGCACGAGGCGAACUUCCGUCAUCCUGCCUUUCCCGCCUCGACGAACCGCCUCAUCACUUUGCCGGCGCUCGAUCAUCCCGAUGGCGGCAUCCACCACGGCACUGCUCACACCGCGUGCGCAAUCAUUGCUGGCAACCGAUUUGAUGGCUAUUUCGCUACCUCCCCUGACGGCCCGCCAAUUGUCUCCUCGCCGGACACGAUCCUGACUGGCUCCGACUAUUUCUUUUGCGUUCCUGGUCCUGAUGACCACGACGGCUCCCAGCCAUACAAUUACCCGGUUGUGCAGAACUUUCGUGAAUGGUGCUUCCCGCAUCACAAGGUUCCGCUCACUUGGUUAGCCUGCUGCGCCCCAAAAGUCGACUACGAACCCACCACCCCAUCCGACUUCUCCGACACGGCCUACCUCCGCAACGGCAGCUGCCCUAUGAGCGGAUCCACCGAUGAUUGCAGAAUCGCCCAUGUGUGUCUUCUAAGCAUGUAUUGGGAUUGGUUCCCGUCGAACAAAAUGGAACAAUACAGCUUCAACAACGACCCUGACCUUGAGUACCACAACACCGAGGAUCCAGCCAACCUGCUGCAUCUCCGUGCUGACCUCCGUACGAGCUUUCAAGAUCGGAGCUUCGCAUUCGUCCCCAAGGCCGGCCGGAUGGUCGUCCAGCUACUUACUCCAGAUGAAGAGCUCGUGUCUCAGUACCACAACGUUCCGCUUUUGGAGCCACACGGAGUGGCUCCGCAGUAUCUCCUGGCGCGCUUCGCACAAUGCAUUCUACCUGCCGUUUCGGACUUCUUGUGUAUGGGCGUGCCUAGGCGCGUUCUGGAGAACAACAUAGGCUUGGGGCCAUUUCGAUCGUGGACUCACACUCUAAGCUCAGAAGGAUCAACGAGGACCCGGUUAUGGUAUGAGUGGUGUGACAUGCGGAUGGAAGACAUUGAUGACGACGACUACGAAGAGGACGAGGACGAAGACGGUGACUGA